AUGAAUCCUCCACCUCCUCCUCCACCAGGCGGACAGUGCUUACCAGUUACUCUCCCUUCUGGAAGUGGAAGUGGUAUGCUUAUUACUGGUUUCGGCCAGCAAGAUAUGCAGGCGGGAACAGGUUUAGAUAGAAAUAAUCAGCGGGCAAACGGAACGACUUCCAAUGUCCUCGCAAUUCAAAAACCAGCUAUUAACUACAACAUGUCAGGAAACGACACGAAUGUCCCUACAGCUCGCCGAUGCCAAAAUUCGGGGAUGAAUUUUAACUUAAGAAAUAAUAGUUAUCGAAGCAUUUAUGAUGUAAAUGGCCAUGCAAAUUAUCCAUCAAAUCAGAUCGCAUUUCAAUAUGGUAACAGCCAGUAUCUCAACGGCAUGAUGCCUAUGGAUAAUAGCCCAUUCGGAUCCCAAAAUAACAAUACACAAGCUUAUGGUCAUUCAACAUUUCCGUUUGAGCGUAAUAUGACUACAUGUAUGAUGAGUGUUAUGGGCAAUAGUUCGGGAGGUAUGAAUACACGAGGAUUGGCAGGUAACAACCAUUACAACAACAUAACUCCUUUCCGCUUGCAGUCAAGCCAACACGCACCUUUUGCUUCAGGUGAACAAAACCAUGCACUCUAUCAUGGCAAUGUUCAAGCAGGCUUGGUUCCAGGUUCAGCUGCACGACUGAUCAGUAAGAGAACCAAUAAUAACCAAUACACGAGUAGCGUUUCUGGGCCUCGUCAAUUGAAUAAAGAACAUGGCUAUGACAUGAGCGAUGUUGCGAUGGCAAAGGUCCCGAAUGUGCAAAGUAUCAACGGACAUCUAGAUGCAUCCACAUUCAGAGCGCAACACACAGUCAGAUACUAUGGAGACGAAAUGGCAGUCAAUUUUUAUAAUAGUAUGGCAACAGCUCAACAUAUUGUCAGAAAUCAUGGACAUUAUAUGCCGGUCAAUGGUCAUCGCGACGCAACUUCUCAGCAUCUGACUGGUGCCAAUCAAGCCCAUAAACUUUUCAAUGUACCUAGCGACAUAGCAGCAAUUCAAUGUAGCAUGCACUAUGACCAAGGUCAUAUGCCUGCUACACAUUACAACCAGAAGGGUGUCCCAUACCCCAACCCAAUCAAUACUAGUCACUACCAAUCUAAUAUGAUUCCCAGCCCCACCGUAAUGCCUUCAUUCCCAUUGAAUGGCAACGUGGUGCCCCCCACGACCCGUGCAUACAAUGGAGUUCCUUUCGACCUUGGUGCAACCAUUCCUCGAUACGAUAGGACUUCGCAACCAGAUUUAGGGAACACCUUUGCUGACAAUGUUCAUCAGUUUGGGGUAGAUGUUCGGACUUUCGACGCGGGCAGUAAGUUGGGCCCUAUCUUACUCGAAGAGUUUGAGGUCUUCUGCAUAUUCCACUAUUUUCCCCAAGAAAUCCAGGACAUGAUUUUUGAAUGUAUGUUUCCUGGUCCUCGAACAGAGCAUCUAGGACUCCUUGUACACGAAAGCUAUGGAAGACGUCAAGAAUAUAGAGUUGAGUUACCGAUAACCUUGUUCAUCUAUCAGAGAAGUCGUUAUAUCACCUUUCUGAGGUAUGUCAUCAUUGAGAGGCCAAAGCAAAUCCAAAAUGCUAGAAAGAUAUAUGGUUUCCAUGUUACCAAGAUGCGUGGAGCGGGGAAUAUCACUCAACCAAGACUUCUAUGCAUUGGUCCACAUGACACUCUUGCCAUCUCGGAAGAUAUACCCAAAUGGGCGUUGAAACAAACUCUUGAGUGGUUGCAAUAUCUUGACUUGAAGAUUCCAGGAGGUUUGAAGAGCAUCAAACAUUUGGAAUUACGAGAUAGUCAUACUAAGAGUACUAAUUUCCUCGACGAUGCUGUUGCGCUCUCAAACGUUGUCGGUUUCUUAGAUUUUACCCCAUUGCUUCCAUCAAUCUUUACCAAUGGCAUUUUGGACAAAAUCAGCAGUCUUCAAAAGCUGACGUUGACAAAUGUUGAAAAAAAUGGCAAAAACCGCCACGCUUUUAAUGAAGAAAGGGUAUUCUUGUGGUAUAUGAUUGCAGAUUAUCUUGAUAAGACGACAGGGCUCGGGGAGAAAAGGUUCGUGGAAACAGAAAACAUUGAGAUUAAGAGGUUCAAAAGAGUGCAAGGCAGGAAACUGGGCUCGGGUAAACAGAUGAUUUAUUUCUACUAUUUGUCUACUAUUUGA